UUGAAGCAGUUUGAGCCUCGCAGCCGAACUUUGAGGAUCGCUGAGACGCCGUGCAAGAAAAGUCGAUCGAAGUCGAGAAAAUCGUGCUGUGUUCUGUGCUGUGACCCACUGAAAAUCUGAAAUCCGAUAAUCUGAAAAUCUGAAAGAAAUCUUGAAGAAUUUUUACAAAUCGCAAAAAGUAUCCCUGUGCCGUGCCGAGAAUAUCCGGAAAAGUGUUUCACAAAAAUGGCCAGCCAAAUGGAGUUCAUUAUGCAACUCUACAUGAUGAACUUGAUGAAGCAGCAGCAGCAAAUGCAGCUGCAACAGCCGCAGCAGCAGCAGCAGCAGAAUCAGCUAGCUGAAUACACUUACACACAGAACGAGGACAUCUCGAGCAGCACUUGCCUGCAGCAGCAACACGAGCAGCAGCAGCAGCAGCAGCAACAGCAACUGCAAGAGCCACAGCAAGAUCGCCUCAAGACAAGAACGCACAAACGCAUUAGCUCGCAAAACACCAACUGUAGUAGUAGCCGUAGUUGUAGUCCCAAUAGUAAUUUGAUUGCUUUUCAACCACAACCAUACACAGGCGCUACGGCAGCAACACCACCCACACCUAACAGCAGCAACACACAGAGUUUGGUGGGCCAGAUGUUGCUCAACAGCCUGCCGCCGCUGACGCAGUUCAUGUUGCAGCAACAGCAACAGCAGCAGCAGCAGCAGCAACAUUUGGUGGCCACCUCGAACCUCCUACUAACCCCCACCCUCACCCCCAAACAGGACCCAUCGCAGCAUCAGUUGCUGAUGGGCCAGCUCGCCAGCUGCGAACAGCUUGCCACAAAUAACUUUCUGCAAUCCUCCACAGUGACCUCCACCCCGAUCGAGAAGUCAGCCCCGCCAGCCACUGACGCAGGAGCAACUGCAGCAGGAGCAGCCGCCGGCAACCUUUCGGCGGUCACGGUCAAGUUUGAGCAGGACUCCCCCGACGACGACGAGGACGACGACAAGCCCCUGUCCAGCCUCACCAGCUGCAGCUCCUCCGGCCACACGAACGCCAGCUCCGAGAGGCUGCUGCUCAUGUCGGGCGUGCAUCCGCUGGAGUCGACCUCCGACAGCCUCGACUCGCCCAGCAUGUACACGCCCGUGAAGCAGCCGGCGGACUCGUCGUACAGUGUCAAGAGCGAGCUGACCCCCAACACGCCCCUCCAGCAGACGCAGACCGCCUCCCUGCUGACCCCGCCCUCCAGCGAGCAGAGCAAGAGCCUGGUGAGCCUCUCGGCGGCCAGCGGACUGGACGCGCUGCUCCAGAGCGAGGAGAUCCUGCGGAACCUGCGCAAGGUGUCCUCGUACCUGGAGUGCGAGAACAGUCUGUGCCGGCAGGAGAACCUGCGGGAGCACUUCCACUGCCACGAGGAGCCCUGCCAGGGCAAGAUCCUGAGCAAGAAGGACGACAUCAUCCGGCACCUCAAGUGGCACAAGAAGCGCAAGGAGAGCCUCAAGCUGGGCUUCGCCCGCUUCUCCUCCGCCGACGACUGUGCUCCGGCGUACGGAGCGGGGUGCGCCUACAACUGGAAGCAGACCCACUACCACUGCGUCUACGAGUACUGCCCCAAGGUGUACGUGAGCACCAGCGACGUCCAGAUGCACGCCAACUUCCACCGCAAGGACUCCGAGAUCGUCAACGAGGGCUUCCGCCGCUUCCGCGCCCACGAGAACUGCCGCAUCGAGGACUGCCCCUUCUUCGGCAAGAAGAUCUCGCACUACCACUGCUGUCGCGAGGGCUGCAACCACACCUUCAAGAACAAGGCUGAUAUGGACAAACACAAGACAUACCAUCUGAAGGACCACCAGCUGAAGAUGGACGGCUUCAAGAAGAUCCUGAAGACGGAGACGUGUCCCUUCGAGGCCUGCAAGUUCUCCACCGUGUGCAAUCACAUCCACUGCGUCCGCGAGGGCUGCGACUACAUCCUGCACUCCAGUAGCCAGAUGAUCAGCCACAAGAGGAAGCACGACCGCCAGGACGGCGAGCAGGCCUACCAGCAGUUCAAGGUCAAGCAGGACGUCGAAGAGUCCUCGCUAGACGCCACACCCUCGCAGCAGCAGCAGCCCACCACUGUUACUCAUCCCCCAGUGGGCAACUCCGUUUGCGGCAGCAACAGCUCCACCCCGCUCUCCUCCCUCUCCGCCGAGCAUUUCCUGGCCCGCAAACGCGGAAGGCCGCCCAAGAAGAUUCAACUGCCCGCCGAUGUCCAGCAACCGGAAUAUAAGCGCCUCAAGGUCGAAGAUGAUACCAGCAACCCCGCCCUGCUCCUGCCCCAAUCCCAAUCCCAAACCCAACUGCAGUCGCAACUCCAAUCCCAGCCAGCCAUUCCCGUCCAUCCGCUGACCAACGGACUGUUUCCCGGCCUGCUGCCCGCUGCCCCUGCUGCUGGAGUGGAUCCCUCGGCGCCGAACUUCCAGCUCACCCACCUGAUGGCCCUCUUCCAGCUGCAGAACCCGCUCUUCUACCAGAACCUCUACCCGGGAAUGCCCCAGAACCCCUCGGUGCUCGGCAACUUGGCCGCUCUGAGUGCCGCUUCAGUAGCAGCGGCGGCGGCAGCGGCGGCGAACGGAGUCCAGCAGCCCAAGGCGGAGUUUAGCUUUAAGCCGGAGUUCAAGGAGUAGAAGCGAUGCGUGUCCUUUGGCUAGUUCGUAAUCGUUAGUUUGACCAACGGACCUGGACGUAGCUAUUGUAAAUACGGGCUUUAAGCAGGUUCCUCCUCCUUUCGGGUUGGGUUUCAUUUAGGGACAUAGGCAGGACAUGGACACAGCAUCCUUCCCUCCUCAAAAACCAACUCAGCCACACUUUGAGUUUCCGUUCAAAGAGUAGCUGAAUUGGCUUUUGGAAAUCAUUUUAUUCUUAGCUUAGGUUCUUGAGUGCCACAUUAAUUUCUAAAAUUUUCAGCCACAUAAAUAAAAAGAAAGAAAUUUUCGAAUUUUAGUUUGACUAAAACUGUGAUGUUUUUAUUAGGCUCGACUUUAAUAGCGAAUAGUGAGAAUGCUAAGAUUUUCCGGACUUAGGAGACUUGAAUUGUCAAUAACGUAGCAAAUAAGCAUUAAAUUGUAUGUGAUAUUUCAAUAAAAUAAGGCUACUUGUUUUCGCUUCAUAAA